UGCAACAAAUCCCCUAAAUUAUAAAAAUUACAAUAAAUCUCCCUAAAUUAUACAUGUUGUUGCUUACCGCGUCCGGCUAACAUCCGGUCAUAUUUAUAGCGCGGGACGUGCUAUAUGAAAUACAUGGACAAUAUUGCCCUUCCACAUGUAAAAGGGGCUAAAUUGACCCUAUGAUGCACUUCUGUCCUCUCCUCCUCCUCUUCUUCAAUAUUUUCUGUCUCUCACGCUCUAAAGCCGAUAAUCUGUGGCAACUCCACAUCACUGUUGGUUGCCGAAACUGAAGACAAGUCCUAAACUGCAACUUUUGGGUUCGUUUAGUCAAUGGAGAGAGAUGACCGGGGCGCCAAAAUUGGACUAAGAAUAAAUCAGUAUCCCAUUUUUCACAUGUGUAUAUAUAUAUAUAUGAAAUCUAAUUAUUUCUUAAUCAGUUUCUCAUACAUAUAGAAGGUCUGAUUUUUUCCAUACCUAAUUACCUAUCUAAUUAAUAUAGUUCUUUCUUAAUUUUUUGUUGGCGCCAGAAUUGAGAUGAAUCCGGAAGGAAAAAAGAAAAAGAAAAAAGAAAAACAGAAAGAGAGAAAGGGGAAGGGGAUUAGAGAGACGGAUAAAUUUUUUUGGAGAGGAGGAUUGUUGGUAGAUAGGCGAGAAGUUUGAGCAUCAACAAUCAGAUUGACAAGAGUUUAAGCGACUUCACCGGCGAAUUUUCAAGGACCCAAAUUGACAUGCUGUUCCGGCGAGCUCUGAGCUUCGACGUCAAUGAAAACUGGCGAGAGCUCUGGGCUUUGACUUACAUGAAAUCUGACGUGAGCCUGGACUGACCCAGCAGCGAGCUCCGUUCAUCUAGUUCCGGUGAGUCUCGACUGACCCAGCAGCGACCUCCCUUCAUUCUGCUCCGGUGAGUUUUGACUGACCCAGCAGCAAGCUCCAAGCUACCAUGACCCAGUAAAGGUGCAUUGAGCUAGGAGGCAAGUAAAUGAGCUACCAAGCAAAGCAAAGCUAAGCAAAGAAGGAGAAAGCUAAAAAAAAAAUUUGCUAAGCUAAGCUAAAUUUGGAGUUGAAGUGCUAAAGGACAUUUGUGAGACUUUCUUUACUCAAUCCCUUAGUUAAAUCGUCGGCUCGCGUGGAGGAUUGUUUUUAAAUUCUUAGAUAAAUCGUGAGCCCGCAUGGAGGCAUUCUUAAUUGUUCUUUGCAUCAUUGUUGUUAAAGCAUAGGAGUAUGGGUUAAGUGUAUGUGGAAGAAGUUUCAUUGAAUUAUUGUGAAGUCGAAGUGUUUGUUCAUUCAUUGUGUUUGUGUGUUUUGCAUUGUGCAUACAUGGUCGUAGAUCACUAAGACCAACUCUUGUCCCUCUUGAUUUGCAUCUUGAAUCCGUAGUUAGAAAUCCUAAGGGAAGAGGAAGUUCUAAUUCUACCCAAUCCAUUACAUCAAUAGAAGGCCAUAAUGAAGAGCAUGUAGAGGACCUUGGUCACAUAGAUCAACAAGGUAUCCUCCAUCCAAAUGUGCAUCAUAAUAACAUGCAAGUACCAUUAGGCAUGCCAAGGCUAUAUGUUCAUCCACCACAACAACAAGGCCAAGUUCUAUUGGGAAUGCCAAGGCUAAUCUAUGCUCCACCACCUCCCAUCAUUCAAGGCAACCAAGGUACCCAUGUUACACCUCAAAUCACUAAUCCUUCACUUGCUUUAAGAGAUCAAUAUGUGUCUAAUGAAUAUAAUGCACCCACAUGCAUUCAAUUGCCACCAUUUAGAGCACAUCACUAUGAAAUUAAGCUACAAACCAUUCAAAUGCUUCCUAACUAUCAUGGACUUCCAAGUGAAGAACCUUACAAGCAUUUGGAUGAGUUUCUAGAAGUUUGUUCCACCGUAAAAUAUACGGACAUGCCAGAAGAGGUCUUAAGACUCAAACUUUUUCCAUUCACCCUUAAAGACAAGGCAAAAUAUUGGUUCAACAAUCUUAGGCCUUUUUCAAUCACUUCUUGGGCAGAAAUGCAACAAGAGUUCUUGAAAAAGUACUAUCCGGUUUUUAAGACCAAUGCCAUGAGAACUUCCAUUAGAGAAUUCACUCAUGGGGAUGGAGAAACAUUUCAUGAGGCAUGGGAACGCUUUAAUGAAUUGCUUAGGAAGUGUCUACAUCAUGACAUGCCCAAAUGGCAAUUAGUUCAAUAUUUCUUUGAGAGCUUAUCGGAUAAUCAUAAGGAUGACGUGUGGCGUCUUUAUGAGAGCAUGAGUGAAAAUUCUUUGCAUAGAACAUUAUCAUCCAAGAAUGGUAGAAAUUCACAAGGUAGGAAGAGUGUUGGCUUAUAUCAAGUCAACCACUCAAAUGAAAUAGCCAUCAAAAUGAAGUCUUUAUCUCAAAGGUUUGAUCAAUUUUUGAUUAACCAAAACUCGGCGAACCAAGUAUCUUCCUUCCCUAACCAUUCUCAUCGUGCAUUGAAUGAAUCAUGUAUGACUUGUUCUAGUGUUCUUCAUUUUACUUCUCAUUGUCCUCACAGACAAGUGCAAAAUGAACCUAAUGAACAAGUCAAUGCAGCUUUUGUGAACCAAGGAACAAUCCUUAUGGUACUCAUUAUAAUCCAAGUUGGAGAAAUCAUCCGAACUUCUCUUGGAAAAACCAAGGAGAGGGCUCAAACCCUUCCCAAGGCGGUUUUCAAGGGAAGUAUAUUCCACCUCCACUUCAAAGCCAAGGAUCCCAAGGUUAUAGACCUUAUCAAUCACAAGGGAAUCAAUUUGCUAACUCUCAUUUUUCCAACCAAUCUUAUUCCCAAGGAAAUGCUAGAAGUCCCGCCUUUGAAGAAAAAGUUUUGAAUGCUUUGGGCACUCUUGAGGCAAACACACAAUUGCUUCAUUCCCACUCUUAAUCUAUUGCGAAGCUAGAAACCCAAGUAGGGCAAAUAACAAGCACUCUUAAUGCAAGAGAGAAGGGAAAGAUGCCUAUAAAUGCCCCACCUAAGCAACAAUGUGUUGUGGAAACCUAUUCCUCAUCGAAAGGCCACACCAUUGAGCAUAUUAAUGCGGUGAUUACCUUAUGGAGUGGAAAGAUUGUGGACAACAAAGUGGGUGUGUCCAAUGAAGAGAGUGAACCGGUACAACCUCAAGUUGUCACCCAUCCCGUUUCACAUCCCAUUCCUCCUUCAUUGCAUAUACAUGAUCUUGUG